UUAAGAUAGUUAUUAAUCACUUGGCCCGAUAAAGCUAGACAUUAUUCAUAAUGCUCGGGCAUUAUAAAUAAUGCCCGAAUUAAUCACAUGGUCCAUAACAUACAUACAAUGUUAGCAUUUCGUCUGGUAUACAAUAGGAGUGGUGAUUAAGAUAAAAAUAAUUGGAUUAUCGUCUGCUGGCUGUUGGCCGCGGUGUUUUUUAACCAGUUGAUUUCGACACUUAACAAAGAUUGAUUCAGCAAGUCAACUAUAAUUAUUAAUUAUGUUGUUUGAUAUUUUAUGUACCUAGCUAUUGUUAAAUUAAUGUCGUUGAAGUCAGUUAGGCAGUCAUAUUCAAUUUGCUAUUAAGGCGCUGAAUGCCCAAAUUGGCUAGUCUCAAACAAUUUUUGGCCAAAUCUAUACAGUUUUUGACGGCGAAAUAAAUAUAUAUUAAUCUUGAACAUAUUUCUGAGAACCCUGUUAAUUUCAAAACAUUGGUUUGGCAAGCCUUGGUUCAGAGUUAAGAUGUGGUCUUAUACAUGGAUACUAAUUCUUUCUACAACCUAAAUUAGAAACAGAAAAUAUUUUUAUGAACUAAGUAAUUAAUAAACUCAAAUAGGUAGGAAUCUACUUCCUACUUGAGUAGUUCCACCGGGACGCGGAUAAAGGAACCGCGAGAAACAGCAAGCAGGUACUUAACUACUUACCUAUAAGCAAUUAAUGAGUUUGUAAAAAAACAGUUGAGUAAUUAAAUAACUUACGAGUACCUGCCCAGGCAAAUGUUAUCUACUAUUUUAAUGGUAUUGUCAUUUUAUUACAUUUGGUAUCGGUAACAUACAGUGCAAACCGUGUUCAACAAAUUACUAGGCACCUACAAGAAAUGAUGAAACUAUGCUGCAGGUACUGAUUUUCAAUCCAGUAUUCAUAUUUUACUUGUAUGAGUCGAAUUUCAACCAAUCUAGUCGAUCGAUUGGAACAGGUAGGUAAGUACAACGAAUUGAUUAUUUUAUCUACCAGCUCAUAAACCAGUCUGUGUGCAACAGGUUCGCUAAGGUUCAACCCUACACGCAGGUUUAGAUAAUAAAUAAAAAUAAUUGAGUAUAGAUUGGCGCUAUUUUGGUCCCAUCUAUCAAACCUUUUACGUGCGACAUCACAUUGAGUGUUUAUCUGCUUUAUGUUCUAGUUAAUUUAAAAAAUAACAAAUAAGUACAGAAUCUGCGAUUAUUACGCAAUCUGAAGACGCAGUGCACCGGCUGAGGCUAUCGACCUUCCCACAGUUACUUGAAAUAACUGUUAAAGUUGUUGGAAAUAACUUUGUGCUUAAGCAGAGAGCAGGGCAACCGGUGGCUCAGGCCAGUCGCGCAUGACCACGGGACUCGAUCGCAAUUCCCACUUUAUCGUACAUAGGCAAACUUCUUGUAGAAAAUGUGUGAAUUAUUCGUUCUUGUUUUGACUUUGUGCUCUCUUUUGUUGCGAACAACCGAUUGCACAUCCAGCUUUGAUCAGAGACAAACGGGAGAUCUAAAUGUACAAAUUGGUUUGAAGAACAUUAAUAUCAUUGCUCUACUAAAAGGAGGAAAAGAAGAAUAUGUGGAUUAUGAUUACGCGUACGAUUACUCAGAAAUGACGAUAAAACCGCAGAACGGUACAACACCAAAACCGUUAAACGCAGCAAACACAACAAUAAACAUUGAGACGCAACACAAUGCGAGUACUUCGACGACAGCUUUACCUGACCGGACUACAGAAGAAUUCAAAAAUAGUACUGUUGUUAGUAUGGAGGUAACUGAACCAGCGUUGAAUCAGACUAUUAACAACGAUGUUGUUACAACGCUACCGCCGAUUGUGGUUGUCCCCACGACAAUAAUUCCAGAAUCUUUAAAUAUCACGAACGAAGCAAUUUCACAAGUAAAGAAUAAAUGCAGACGAGGAUUUUUCCAAAAUAAUGAAGGAAAAUGUGAAUAUAAAGUACAUGGGACGUCGAAUGCAUUACGCAGGAUUGUAAAGCUUGCUCAAAAAAUCAAAAUAGGAAGACAGUAUGGAGGACCAUAAAGGCUGUAGGAAGUUUUUGUCAAGAGCUCCCUUUCAUAUCAACUUAUAAAGAGACAAUUUUUAUAGCUCAAUACAGGUACCUGGCUCUAAAACCUGUAUUAUAGAAGUAAUAUUAGAAUGGUGAACUAAAUGCAUUUCUGCUAAAAUACUGGAAGAUGCUAUGCUGGGCAUAUUUAAAGAAAUAUAUUGUAUGUGAGACUGUAUAAUAAAUAAGUUUUGAAUUAUGUU